CGCUGGAGGGGCGGGCGAGCCCAGCGCCUGCCGGGGCCGGGGAGGGGCGCUUGGGUUGCGGGGAGGGGAGAAAUCUUGGGGGGCGGGGGCCUUCGAUGUCCCGCCCCACCUUCCCAACUCUCCCGAGCUGUCAUCAGUUCCCCCGGCUGUAGUGAUUUUUCAUGGACCCAGUAGUCCGGAUAACCGGGUCCCCAGCUACCUCGCCAGUAAUGGAGUCAGAAAACCAAGGCCUCAGUCCCCUUCCAAAACCCCCAGACCUGACUCCGGAGGAGCGAAUGGAGCUGGAGAACAUCCGGCGGCGGAAGCAGGAGCUGCUGGUGGAGAUUCAGCGCCUGCGGGAGGAGCUCAGUGAAGCCAUGAGCGAGGUGGAGGGGCUGGAGGCCAAUGAGGGCAGUAAGACCUUGCAGCGGAACCGGAAGAUGGCAAUGGGCAGGAAGAAGUUCAACAUGGACCCCAAGAAGGGGAUCCAGUUCUUGGUGGAGAAUGAACUGCUGCAGAACACACCCGAGGAGAUCGCCCGCUUCCUGUACAAGGGCGAGGGGCUGAACAAGACAGCCAUCGGGGACUACCUGGGGGAGAGGGAAGAGCUGAACCUGGCAGUGCUCCAUGCUUUUGUGGAUCUGCAUGAGUUCACCGACCUCAAUCUGGUGCAGGCCCUCAGGCAAUUUCUAUGGAGCUUUCGCCUACCCGGAGAGGCCCAGAAAAUUGACCGGAUGAUGGAGGCCUUCGCCCAGCGAUACUGCCUGUGCAACCCUGGGGUUUUCCAGUCCACAGACACGUGCUAUGUGCUGUCCUUCGCCGUCAUCAUGCUCAACACCAGUCUCCACAAUCCCAAUGUCCGGGACAAGCCAGGCCUGGAGCGCUUUGUGGCCAUGAACCGGGGCAUCAACGAGGGCGGGGACCUGCCUGAGGAGCUGCUCAGGAACCUGUACGACAGCAUCCGAAAUGAGCCCUUCAAGAUUCCUGAGGAUGACGGGAAUGACCUGACCCACACCUUCUUCAACCCGGACCGGGAGGGCUGGCUCCUGAAGCUGGGGGGCCGGGUGAAGACGUGGAAGCGGCGCUGGUUUAUCCUCACAGACAACUGCCUCUACUACUUUGAGUACACCACGGACAAGGAGCCCCGAGGAAUCAUCCCUCUGGAGAAUCUGAGCAUCCGAGAGGUGGACGACCCCCGGAAACCGAACUGCUUUGAACUUUACAUCCCCAACAACAAGGGACAGCUCAUCAAAGCCUGCAAAACUGAGGCGGACGGCCGAGUGGUGGAGGGAAACCACAUGGUGUACCGGAUCUCGGCCCCCACGCAGGAGGAGAAGGACGAGUGGAUCAAGUCCAUCCAGGCAGCUGUGAGUGUGGACCCCUUCUAUGAGAUGCUGGCAGCGAGAAAGAAGCGGAUUUCAGUCAAGAAGAAGCAGGAGCAGCCCUGACCCCCUGCCCCCAACUCCAUUAUUUAUUACAGAGCUGCCCCGCCUGGGUGGCCGGACCCCUGGGCCUUGGGGCUGUGGAUCCUGGUUCCCUGUUUGGAAAAUUCACCACCUCUAGCUCCUCACUGUUCUUUGUAAUUAACACGCUGUUGGUAAUCUUAUUAAUUAUUUAACCA